CUGUUAUGUAAGUCGGAAGGGGGACUUGUCGAGUUUAGUGAAUGGACCGAAAGAGAAUGGAAGAGAAGAUUGAAGGAAAAUAGUCUUGGGAAUGGAAUCGCGUCCAGCCAGCCUUAAGCCAUCGGUCUCGUUCAUGGCACCCACCAGAAAGACGCCAUUGGCCAAAUCACGGUCUUCAGUAAGGUCCCAAUGCGCACUGUGUUGACUUCUUGGAAAACGUGGUAACUCUUGAAAAUCGAGAUAUCAGAGCGAUGAGCCUGGAUGGACGGCUGAUUUCUGCUCGAGGUAAAACGUGCUGUGCGUGCUUCAAGGGUCCCCUAAUCGCCAGUGAGUUUGGAGUUGAAGUGCUGAAAUGUAACAGCUCGAAUUACUCGUGGAACUGAAAGAACUUUGACCAUUUGUACAAAAAACGACGUUACAAGCCGCAUUGCGCCACAAGAAAAGUGAGUGAACACUCCCCGACCUUCCAUUCAUCCUUUUUCCUUUGGAGUGUUAAGGCACCGGCACCGAGCCUUGUUUACUUCUACUUGGUUGAAGUUAGUUGAAUGUUCACAUCUUAGUCCAGCAGCUGAUAAUUGGCUGAGAGGCUCGAGCACUGGGGUCUUAUUGAUAGUCAAUCUGGUCAACCCACCACUGCAUAUUCGAUGAUAAAGAUGCACCAGCCAGUGAUAGAAACCUGGGCCGUGAGUUGUCUACUAGCAAUCUACGUCGGACCUCUUUGUGGAAGUCCUGUCAGGCCGCAUUGGACUCCUCAACAAUCGGGCAAGGCUGUCAAAUAUCCACAGACCGGAAACGAGUACCCCGUACAUGCUGAUUAUGGGAAGGAAUACCGAGGUUCAGUAAAUUCCCAAUUUGAAAGUAACGAUCCAUCCCAGCCAAAGCAGUGGUGGCGGUCGCGAAAUCAUCCAGCUCGAUAUCCUAAGGGAUAUGACCAUGGUGACGAGUACUUAAACUCGUUUCGAAAAGACCAGAAAUCAUACUAUCAGAGCCUGUCACAGGUGACCGAAAAUCCUUCGAGAAAAAUUCAAGACGAAGAAAGGUUCUCUGCCAUGCCGGGAACACAUAGUUACUACCAAGACUAUCUUCCCCUCGACGUUGAAGACGCGGAUCCUGACUCGAAGGAAUAUGAUAUGAAGAAGCUAAUUGGUGAAGUCGAUCUUUCGAAUCCUUACGAUGAAAUCGACAGAAAAGUGGAAAAUUCUACUACUGAAAGGGUCGCAUCGCUUAUUACGAAGAUGUUGUUGGAAGAGAAUUCUUAUGUACCAAGUCUAAGUGACUUGGAGAUCCUAAAUUCUUUGGAGGAUAAAAUAAUUGCAAAGGCCACCGUUCCAGAAGAAAUCAAACGAGGAGUCAGACAGAUAUCAAGUCAGCAGAAGCCAGCAGCAGUCUUCACGUUGGCCAGGUUGGCUUUUGAGAAAGUGAACGAUACUAAAUCAGCGGUCAACCAGAUUGGUGCCAUCAUUAGCAGCAAUAUUUCACCCGAUGUUCCAUCUACCUCGCGCCCCUCGAUUACCACAAGUGCUGCAACUAGCGUGAGCAGUACUUUGUCAGAUGCGAAUACAACUAUGACCACAACCACAACGGAAGCUCCUUUCGUGCUAACGAGAUCUGCACUGCUGGGAAUUAUCAGGAGAAAUCUCAGAGGAUUGGUCAGAUUGUUCAAUAUUGAGUGGCGGGAGGCGUUGAAUCAAUCCCAAGUAUCGGUGAGAGACUUUCAACGGGAUCUUGGGAACCAAAUUCGACCCUACCUCGAAGACAAUCCCAACUUAAACUAAUUAUUUGGUUAAGAAAUUGGAGCAGCCAUCGUAGAAUAGUCAUUUAUUCCAUAUUUAGGAUCGCAUUAAGUAUUGUCAAUUGAUUGUAUUUUAUGAGUUCAAUUUAGAAAUGACCAAAGACUGCAUUUGUCAUAAGUGAAAUACUUGAGUGGAUUAAUUCAACUACUGCCUAUACCUAAACAUCGUAAUUUAUUUAUAUUUAUUAUUUUAAAUAUUGAUUUGUACAGUUAUUUCUCAACCAUAAGUAGGUAUAAUUUUCCUGUAAUUUAUUGUACAUAGUCCUGUUUAGGGUCAAUGCGUAACAUAUUAUCUGUGGUGAUUUUUGCAUGAUUUCUUUAAUAACAAAUUGAAGCGUGUUUCAAUUUU